CAAAAUGGCAUCACAAUUUGCUUUGUUAUUAGGAUUAUUGGCUAUAACUUGUUCGGUUGCUUUUGCAUCUGACAAUAAUCCUCUUCAAGACUUCUGUGUUGCAGACAACAGUAGCUCAGUGCUAGUGAAUGGUUUGGUGUGCAAGGAUCCAAAGCUUGUAGAAGCGAAUGACUUCUUGUUUAGAGGCCUACACUUAGCAGGCAAUACAUCGAAUGCAGUUGGAUCGAAGGUGAAUUUAGUAAAUGUUGAACAAUUUCCAGCGCUUAACACUCUUGGCAUUUCCAUGGCCCGCGUUGACUACGCACCAUUGGGCAUCAACCCUCCCCACAUACAUCCUCGGGCCACUGAAAUUUUGACUGUCAUUGAAGGGAGCCUACAAGUAGGGUUUGUCACCUCUAACCCAGAAAAUCGUUUCAUCACAAAGCUACUUCAGAAGGGUGAUGUGUUUGUAUUCCCGAUGGGUCUUAUCCAUUUCCAGCGUAAUGUUGGACAU